AUGCCGAGCGCCAUCGUCAGUCUUCCACGCAUCGCAGCGCCACCUCAAUGGCUUGAUCUUGAGGAAUACGUUGGUUACUAUAUCGGCGGAGGUACCGCACUCAUCAUCUCCCUGGAAGAUGAAGUCCUUCAUUUGAGCUUCUGGAACGGGCAGGAUGCGAACUACACCAUCAAGCCCCUCCGAUGCCGGUUCCAGUUCCGAAGUUGGGCCACACACUUAUUUCCGAUAGCCAGGAUCAUGUCAAAUGGCCAGCCGUCCGAUGAAUUCAACACGAAGGUACAUUUGAUAAGCUUCAACGUGUCGGACUCGAGGUCCCAGAAGAUAACCUCGUUUGUGUGGCAGAUGCCUGACACGACUUGCCCCCGGCGCUUUGUCAAGACGAGGCAGUCACCGCUGCUCAAGCUGCCACAAGAGAUCGUCGACCAUAUCAUGAAGUUCGUACUCACCACGAGUACCCAUUUGAAAGGCGUCAUCCAUCUACACGAGGAAAAGAACCAUUUCGUGGUUGCAGAAACCAAAUCCAUGCCUGCUGGAGGAGAACAGAAGCGUUGGAAAGGAAACCGAGAAGACCUUCCGCCGCUGUUUAAUCAAGUCCAGUUUACGUGUCGUUCGCUCUUGAAGAGUACACGAGGGCUUGAGCUGCAGUACAACGUGCUCAAGUGCAAUGGAUGGACGUUCGAUUCGAUUCGCAGGGCAGAGGAUAGACCAGAGCUACACCACCUACUCUAUAACGCGCGUCAAGUUACACUGUCGGGGGACUUCACCCUAGGUCGUCACCCCGAUGAGAACGUAUUGCACGGCCUCAUUCAAUUUGGGAAGACCCACCCACUCACUAAUAUCCGGGUUGAGGUGAACGCAAUGCACUUGAACGGAAUCCGCUCUCUUAAAGGGUUCGUAGCGUUUGCUUUGUUCAUCCGCGAAGCCAUCCGGGGGAUUCCGCGACCUAGGUGGGCACAAGUUCGUCAGCAAAAGAUUGCCUAUUGGCUUCGCGGCAAGGCGCCGGGGACUCUGAACAUCCCAAAUGUUGUGUUCUGUCCACGUCGCCCAGUCGAUAUCAGAGAUGAUCAGGAUUUCAACCAGCAGCAGACCUACGAGCUGGUGAGGAAUAAAGGAAGGAAUGCUGAGGUCCUUCGCAGCCACUUCAGAGAAGAAGGUGCCUUGGUGCAGUUAUUGGGCUCAGACGCGCCAAAAGAUAAGACCGAACUGGCAAUUCUCAACGCGAAGACAGGCGCCGAUGCCUGCUUUGAGUUACUCAAGCACUGGUACACCAAGGGCAUCUAG